AUGGCUACUGUAACCAGACAAGCUCGCAGCAGAAGUCGAAGUCGACCUGCUAGUAAGCCAUCACAGCCUGCAAGAUCUCUAAACCGUAUCCGAACCAAUGCUUAUUUUUCAGACCUUGAUUACGAUCAAGACACUCCAAUACCAAAGACUGCUUCCACCCCUUCACUGACAUGGGGAAAGCCUCAGCGCAAGAACAACACCAAGACUUUGUCAUCCAGUACGGCUACUGACACCUCGCAUGUACGCCGUCGUCUGUCAGAGGGGUUCAAGGUCACCCACCAGGCAGAACCUUCAGUGUCACUUCCGAGACAGGAUGGUAAACAAUAUUACAUGAGCAGCUUCUGUGCAUAUCCCGAUCAUCCGACCGAGAAGUUCAAGGACCGCAUCAGCCCGCCCAAUCUUUCUCGAGCCAAAGCCAUGGCCUCUCCAACCUUCCGCAGUAGAUCUUCAUCGCGUCCGAAGCGAGUUGAAAUCUUGAGCGACUACGACGAGGAAGAGCGCAUGCGUCUACGAUCAUCUCCAACUUGGAGAAGGAGGAGACCCGACACGCCUUCCUCCACUCGAGUCAGCAUCUUUGACUUCCCGUCGAAGAAAAGCUCCUGGACAUCUCUUGAGGGCUUUGUACCACACUCUGGAUUCAUUUGGCUAGUGUUGGUAUUCCUCGCCAUUCUUAUAGGCUUGUCUUCUCCAUCCAAUCUGGAGUUACCUUCUCAACCCUUGACAGAGCUGGCUCAUGCUGCACCCAAAGUGGUCUGUAACAUCUUUGGCAACCCUGAUGGAUGGAACUGUACCGGGGACCCCAACUUCACCAUCGCCAAUGUUAUAGACCACUGUCACAACGCUGUAGAUACGAAUUACAGCAAGGUCGAAGAGAUAGGCGCGAAUGCAAACAUCGAAGAAUUGAUGCACACAUGCAAGGACUCGAUCGACUACGGCACAGAUAAGCUCAAGGAAGCACCUGCAAAAUUUAAGGAUUAUCUCUGCUAUAUCCCAGGAGCCGAAGCAUGGGAUGGUUGCGCAAAGGAGCCGGUUUCAACGACCAGCAAGACCUUGACGAAGACUGGAAGCGUGAUCUCAACCCUAUUCGCCAGUACCAGCACCAAGUCUCUGGGGUCUUGGACAUUUCCUUCAAAGAAGAAGGAUGUACAGACCAUCACCGUACGCAAGUCUACAGACCCUCCACCGACGACCGAGAUUGAUCACAUGGAGGAAACAACUCAGAGCGUUUUUGAAUCCUUUGCGAGCGAAGCCAAAAGCUUUGCGACAUCUAAGCUGUCUUCUGCUAGUUCUGUCUACUUGCCGUUCACCUCGAGCUCUAGCUCUGAUCAUCACACUGUUCCAGUGGCAGCUGAGCCGGCUGUGAAGAAGUUUGGCAUCUCAGAUGGCAUCGAAGCUGUUUCCGAGAUCAAGGAUCUUGAGCUCAAGUAUACUUUGGCAAUUGCGAAAGCAGAGCUCAAGGUUUUGCAGGCAAAUGACACUUCUAUCGUCAGACACACGACAUACACCAAGCGCCAUCUCAAUCGCAUAUUGCAUGUAGCGUGGACUCUGGAGAACGAUCUCAACAAGUUUGCGACAUGUGUGGUCAGGCACGAUGAAAGCGCCAUCAACAUACUCUCCAGAAAGAUGUCCUAUGGCUCUCCUACCGAGUCCUGGGGUACUUUUGCGAUCCGAUGGAUAGGAGUGACCAUCAUAUCGCCCAAGAAAGCAUUCAAGACACUCAACACACCACAUAUCGAAUGUCGCAGUCACCUGAUGCGCGCAAACAAAGCUGUAGCUGAUGCUCUCACAACACGCGAAGGACUUCUCAAGGAAAUUGAUAGACUUAUCAAUCUCUCCUACCGUAAUGACUUUAGGAAGAAAAAGCCAAUCUACAUCCCUGUACCUCUUCCUUGGUUCAGAGCUCUUGGUCCUUUCCCCAACUUCCCUGUCGUCAACCUCCCUUCCAUCACCUUGAACCCUCUCAAUUGGUUCCUCGGAGAAGAUUACCGGUGGAGAAAACGCUCUCAGGAGGAUCGUGAGGAGAGUCGUAAACUCCAUCGUUUGCGCACAGCGCUCCAUCGUGUCCGCAGCGCUAGCGAUAGCUUCGCCGACAUCAGGGACCUCCUUGAGCUGGGCAUUGGUAAUUUUACAGAGGCACAUAAAGAAUUUCAGUCGCACAGGCAGCAAGUUCUCGAGGAUCCUGGAUUUGGUCUUGCGUUCUUCAGGAGCAAAGUUCCGGAGAUUAGGAAGCACAAUUCUCUUGCUGCCCAGCUUAGAGACGAGAGGAUAAGAGUGGUGGAGCAGAUCAAAGCGGAGGGAUGGCGUCGAUAUGGCACUGGGGAUGAUCAGUUCGGUGUGAUUCUUGCCAAAGAGAUGAGAUUGUGA